UAGAUGUCAUUCACUGAGUAAUGUUUUGAUCAGGCGCAGCCGGAUUCUUGUGGCAAAUUUGUGACGAAAUCUCGGAAAUUAGACAGUCGUUUUCGAAAAAUGUAAUGACUGUGUUAUCUGAAUGUAUCAGGGAUGCAAUAGGCGUAUAGAAAUGAAAGCAGAAACCAAAUCUGAGUCGACUGAGUGAAGCAAUGAAGCAAGCAGCAUGAAUGCCCGAUCACAGACUUUUGAAGUUUCGGUGGAAGGGAGGCAGAUUGAGGAAGUCGUGCUGAGUCUUCUACAUACUCUGCUGUUCCAUAGGACGACUGGCAAGUUCCACUACAAGCAGGAAGGCACCUACGCCAUCGGCACGGUGGGCAUGGUGGACGUGGACUGCGAUUUCAUCGACUUCACCUACGUGCGCUGCCACUCGGCUGAGCUGGACCGAGUGCUGCGCAAAGAGGUCACCGCGUUCCGGGACUCGCUGCGGUCGAGCGACGGCCGGCUCAGCAACGGGCAGAUUUCCUUGGAGUUUUACCAGAAGAAGAAGAAUCGAUGGCCCUUUCCCGAUGAGAGCAUACCGUGGGAGGUUUGGACCAUCCAGAUCAACAACGUGACACUGUCAAAUGAGCAUGAGAGGCAGCUCUACCGGGAGAAGUUGGGGGAGAUCCUGGGAGAGAAGGUGAUCUGCAUCACGGAGGCCAUGGGACGACACGACUACCUGCCCAAGGUGCCCAACCAACCCCUGCUGGACACCGUCUUUGACGUCAGCUUCCCUGACGUACAGCCUUACCUCUUCAAGAUUUCCCAUCAGACUUCGGGGCCGGCCAACACGUCCGUGGGAACAACGAUGAGGAAACUACUACGGGACACACUGGCUUUAUGAUGACGGACACUGUAUCAAUUUCCAAGAUAGGAAUCUGUGAACACUUGAGGGCGCCCUUCAACUAAAGCGUCAACCGUGUGCAGGGUUACGUUUACCUGCUGUUUUUUGCCGGACCCAGAGGGCAGCUUCGUGUCCUCGUUGAACCCAGACCACUGACUGUGACGUGCGGGCCGGGCAGUGCUAUUGUAUAGGAUACUACCAAGUAAUGCAAACAAAUAGGCCAGCCAUUGUGUAGACCAGAUACAUGAACUUCUAGUGAAAAGUCAUUCUGAAUGGGUUGAACAAAAGUUAUGCACUACAAGACCAGCAUUACCAGUCUUGUCUUGCAUCCGCUUAACAUGAUUAUGCCCACUCGGAGUAAGAUAUUUCAUCACUUGUGAACCCAUAAGUGAAAAAAAUUGGUUUAAAAAAAUUUAUUUCCCUAUUAUUUUAAAAUGUAGCUAUCAUGAAAGUUGUUGAUUGUGUGGUAAUUAUCAUAUAUGUACAUGUUAUUUGAAUUUUAAUUGUGAUGCUUAACUUGUAAUUUUUAUACAUGUAUAGCGCUUUCCAUCAUAUCAAUAAUCUCAAAGCGCUUUACAAUU